AUGAGCUUUAAACGCUCACUGUGCAACCAGACUGCAGCUCAGCAAAGGUACCAGACUGCAGCUCAGCAAAGGUACCAGACUGCAGCUCAGCAAAGAGACUGGGACAUGCAGGAGAGUCCAGUGUCCACCGUGAGGCGCCGCGCCUGGAUCCACAGCUGCCGCCAGCUCCACUCAGACACAGCACCUCCUGCUCUCUGCCCUGCACCUCCUGCUGCGGGGGAGCCUCCUGCUGUAGGGGAGGACGACGUCUUCUCGGAGCUUCAUUCACAAAAUGCAGUGAACACGCAUGAUCCUGGUUUGGACGACCUCGGUCUCACUCAGAACAACCACAGCUUUGCUUUCAGUUUUCAUUCUUCAUCAACGUUGGACUCUUCCACCAGUGUGGCUGAGGUCUUGCAGGUUUUCUCGGAGAAGGCGGAGGAGACUCUGUAUGAACUAGGCUUCGGUGCAGAGGAGGCUCAGGACUCGGUUCGAAUACCUGCGCGGUUCUUCACGUUCCCGUCGCAGGCCAAGGGCAUCAACUUCCGGCUGUUUCUGGACGCUCAGCUGCAGAGGAUUCGGGAAGAGGACCCCCACCUCUCACUUGCUAGUCGCUUCAGACAAGUCCAAGUCCUGACGACGAUGGCCAACGUCUUCUACUCUCUGUAUUCUCACGUGUCCCGGACCCCCGUCCUCAAACUGCCCACUCCACAGUUCCACUUUCCCUCUGCCCUCGAGCGACUGGAGCGUUUCCACAGCAGCAGUCGAAGCCGCAGUAGCCGCAACAGCCGCAGCGACCCACGGUCCCCCGUCGACAAACUCAAAGAGACGGUCUCCAAGAUGUGUCUUUACUCUGGGUCAGACCGAGACUCUCCACUGCCCUCACCCUGCGAGACAGUGGGGGAAACUGUGGGGGAGACAGUGGGGGAGACUGUGUGGGAGACUGUGGGGGAGACAGUGGGGGAGACUGUGGGGGAGACAGUGGGGGAGACUGUGGGGGAGACUGUGGGGGAGACAGUGGGGGAGACUGUGUGGGAGACUGUGGGGGAGACAGUGGGGGAGACUGUGGGGGAGACGGUAGGGGAGACUGUGGGGGAGACGGUAGGGGAGACUGUGGGGGAGACUGUGGAAACUGUGGGGGAGACAGUGGAGACAGUGGGGGAGACUGUGGGGGAGACAGUGGGGGAGACUGUGGGGGAGACAGUGGGGGAGACUGUGGGGGAGACAGUGGGGGAGACUGUGUGGGAGACUGUGGGGGAGACUGUGGGGGAGACUGUGGGGGAGACUGUGGGGGAGACGGUAGGGGAGACAGUGGGGGAGACUGUGGAGACUGUGGGGGAGACAGUGGAGACAGUGGGGGAGACUGUGGGGGAGACGGUAGGGGAGACAGUGGGGUUGACUGUGGAGACUGUGGGGGAGACAGUGGGGGAGACUGUGUGGGAGACUGUGGGGGAGACAGUGGGGUUGACUGUGGAGACUGUGGGGGAGACAAUGGGGGAGACUGUGUGGGAGACUGUGGGGGAGACAGUGGGGGAGACAGUGGGGGAGACUGUGGGGGAGACUGUGGGGGAGACGGUAGGGGAGACUGUGGGGGAGACUGUGGAGACUGUGGGGGAGACUGUGGAGAGUGGGUGGGAGACUGUGGGGGAGACUGUGGGGGAGACGGUAGGGGAGACUGUGGGGGAGACUGUGGGGGAGACAGUGGAGACAGUGGGGGAGACUGUGGGGGAGACAGUGGGGUUGACUGUGGAGACUGUGGGGGAGACUGUGGAGACUGUGGGGGAGACUGUGGGGGAGACAGUGGGGGAGACUGUGGAGACUGUGGGGGAGACUGUGGAGACUGUGGGGGAGACUGUGGAGACUGUGGGGGAGACUGUGGAGACUGUGGGGGAGACGGUAGGGGAGACUGUGGGGGAGACUGUGGAGACUGUGGGGGAGACUGUGGAGAGUGGGUGGGAGACAGUGGGGGAGACUGUGGAGACUGUGGGGGAGACUGUGGGGGAGACAGUGGGAGAGGUGCUCAUGGACAAAGAGCAGGGCGUGGCCACAGCAGUAACAGUCUGUGAUGAAGCAGAGGCUAAAGUUUUGGUGAAGAUUUCAUUUGAACAAAUCUGUGCAAAGAUCGAGGAGACGUCUCACCAGGCGCCGUUUAGGAACUUCACAGAACUAUGA